UCUUCAACAGCGACAAAAGGCUUCUGAUUCAACCAACGUGUUGCUUUGCUAGCGAACAUAAAGUUGAGUCUUUGAAGCUCUUUAGACCAAUCGUGUGUAUAUUACUCUUAGUGUUUUGAAUAUAAUUAUGUUUACCCAUCUACUAGUUCAUUUUAACGUCAUUUGCUUGUUAAAUUAGCAAAUGUGUUACUAAAUUGAUACUGCAUUAGGCUAAUCGACCGGAGCAUGAGCUCACAAAGCUCGACCGAGAAAGAAGCUCUGGUGAAAGGAGAGGAAGAAGCUUUCAGGAUGAAAAGGGAGGAAGAGGACGCAAUCACAUUGAAAGAAGAAGAGGAUGAUAUUACAGUGAAAGAGGAAGAUGGGAAAGAGGUUGUCAAAGUGGAAGGGGAGGAGGUAGAAGCUUUCAGAAUCAAAAACGAGGAAGAUGCCAUAACAUUGAAAGAAGAGAAUGUAGUGAAAGAAGAGGAAGAACCUUUUAGAGUAAAAGAGGAAGAGGAAGAACCUUUUAGAGUAAAAGAGGAAGAGGAGGCUAUCUCAAUCAAAAAGGAGGAAGACGUUUUGGGAGUGAAAGCGGAGGAGGCUGAAGAUCAGACUACCACCAGAGAGAGACGUGACUAUCGUGGAUCCUCUGGGGAGCAUCAACAACAUCCUGAUCCUGCUGACGAGGCAGAGAAGAGUCUCUCCAGAUCAGAACACCAGAUGGACAACGCUAGCCCUUCCUCCCUCCCGGAGUCCCCGUGUUGUACCUCUCCCAGUAGCGCCUUACUGCUGGGUAUGAAGAGGUUGUCUGUGCUGCUGGUGGACUGCAGGAAAACAACGGGGCUGAGUGGAACUGUGAGAGGACGACAAGAGAAGAAAGGAUCAGAUUUGACACAUCAAAGAGAAAGACCAGACUCAGAGGAACCAGAGCCAGGGACGUCCAAACCAGCAAGACGACACCAGUGCUUCCAGUGUGGAAAUAGUUUCAAUGGGUCAGGGGAUCUGAAAAAACAUGAGAGAAUACACACAGGGUACAAGCCUUACCACUGCUCCCAGUGUGGGAAGAGUUUCAACCGGUCAGGGGAUCUGAAAAAACAUGAGAGAAUACACACAGGGGACAAGCCGUACCACUGCUCCCAGUGUGGGAAGUGUUUCUACCAGUUAUGGGAGCUGAAACAGCAUGAGAGAAUUCACACAGGGGAGAAGCCGUACCACUGCUCCCAGUGCGGGAAGAGUUUCAACUGGUCAGGGGAUCUGAAAAAACAUGAGAGAAUACACACAGGGGAGAAGCCUUACCAUUGCUCCAAGUGUGGAAAGAGUUUCAACCAGUCAGGGGAUCUGAAACAGCAUGAGAGAAUUCACACAGGGGAGAAGCCUUACCACUGCUCACAAUGUGGAAAGAUGUUUAACCAGAAAGGACACCUGAAAGCUCACGAGAAAAUUCACACAGGGGAGAAGCCUUACCACUGCUCACAAUGUGGAAAGAUGUUUAACCACAAAGGACACCUGAAGGCUCACGAGAAAAUUCACACAGGGGAGAAGCCUUACCACUGCUCCCAGGGUGCAAAGCUUUUGCCAAUUUAGGAAGCCUGAAAGAACAUGACACAGAGGAUAAAAGCUCAGAUUUUGGGAAAACAUAUCACUCAUAACAAUCACUUAAACGUCAUCAGAGAAUCCACACAGAAGAGAGAAAUUACUUCUCUUAGCGUGUAUAUUGAUAUUUCACAUCUCAUUGACUCACAACUCAGAGAACAUACACAGUGCUCCCAUUGUCUUAUAUUGUUGCCUAUAAUGUGUUGACCUGUUUUUACCAUAUGAAAUUGCUUCUUCCAAUUAUUGAUAAACAUGUACCUGUUAAGAAACUGACUGUUAGAUAUGUUAAGGCUCCAUGGAUUGAUGAGGAAUUUAAAAACUGUAUGUUUGAAAGAGUUGGGGCCAAAGGAGUGGCUAAUAAGUCUGGCUGCACAUCUGGCUGGCUUACAUACUGCAAAUUGAGAAAUUAUGUGACCAAACUCAACAAAAAUAAUAAACUUUAAUAUGAAGCCAAGAUCAAUGAUAUAAAGAAUGAUGUAAAAAAACAUCAUGAAAGAAAAGCAUUGCAAGUUUUGAAUUUUGUAAAGUUACUGUGGGAGAGGUGGAAA